CAGGUUGCCUGGCAGGGCAGGGCAAGGGCAAGCUGUCUUGCGUGCCGCACUGUGCCGCCAGUGCCGCCGACCCGCGCGCCGCCCGCGUCGCCCGCAAGUCCCGACGCCAGGGGCAAAGACCAAACCUUGCUGCUGCUGCUGCAACACGCGCGCUGCAACCAACUGGCGCAAGUGCAGGUGCAGCAUGCCUUCUCGCCCCUCUCUACCUUUCCCAUCGAUCCCACCAACCGAUCCUCACCGACGCUCAUUGCCCCCCUCAUUAUCAUCGACUCUUUCUUCUCGUCCUUUUGCCCCACCACCCACACACACCACACACACCACUUGCAAUGAAGGCUACUCUUGUCCUCGCUGCCGCUGCCGCCACCCUCGCCACGGGCGCUAACGCUGUCCUCUCGAUCCUCGCGCCCAACUCGGCCACCGUCUGGUACGCCAACAACACGGUCCCCCUCAACUGGACCUCGGCGCCCACCGACACGUUCCCCUUCCGCGCCUUCCUCUCCAACUCGAACGGCCUCCUCCCCAACGCCCAGCAGCUGGCCAACGAGCUCACCGCGUCGCAGGACUAUGCGCGCGUCCUCCUCCCCCAGCUGUCCUUCGGCGACGGCUUCAUCGUGACGUUUGUCAACACGACCAACACGUCGCAGAUCUACGCCACGUCGGAGAAGUUCAAGAUCGAGUCGGGCAUCCCCGCCACCUCGACCAACCUCGCCUCGCUCGCGACUACCGCCGCGUCGCAGCCCGUCAUCCCCAACUUCACCCCCACCCAGGCCGCUGCCUCGUCGGCUAACCCCUUCGCGUCGGCCUCGGCCUCUGGCAAGCCCUCGUCGGGUGUCGCGCUCGGCCCCUCGGCCCAGGUCGCCGGUGUCGUCGCGGCCCUUUCCGUCGCUGCUGCCGCUCUCCUCUAAUCUCGUGCGCCAGAGAUUAAUUCGGGAGCAGAGCCGCCGCACGCGCCUUUCGAGCACACUGGACCACCUCUUUGCCCAGACAUGCCACACGGACAGUUUUCGCUUUGCUGCUGCUACUCAGUACCCACCAGUCUUUACCUAAUAUGCAUAACCAUCGUGUGUUG